CCAACACUCUCCAGUGUGCAGUCGUUCCAAGUCCGCUUAUCGAAUUCUCCGAUUCCAAAAGCAGCAGAAGAAAAAAUGUCAGCCAUGGAAGCACUGAUUCUCCAGCUGCAUGAAAUCGGCGCCGUGAAAUUCGGCAAUUUCAAGCUCAAAUCUGGAAUCUUUUCUCCGGUUUACAUCGACCUUCGUCUCAUCGUCUCUUAUCCAUCCCUCUUAACACAGAUCUCUCAAACUCUCAUCUCUUCUCUUCCACCUUCUGCAACCUUCGACGUCGUCUGUGGUGUUCCUUACACUGCUCUCCCUAUCGCCACUGUUGUCUCUGUUUCCAAUGGUAUCCCUAUGCUUAUGCGGCGUAAGGAGAUUAAAGACUAUGGAACAUCUAAAGCUAUUGAAGGAAUCUUCGAAAAGGAUCAAACUUGUUUGAUAAUUGAAGAUCUUGUAACUAGUGGUGCUUCUGUUCUCGAGACUGCUGCUCCUCUUCGUGCUGUGGGGUUAAAGGUUAGUGACGCGGUGGUUUUGAUUGAUAGGCAACAAGGGGGUAGGGAGAAUCUAGCGGAGAAUGGGAUUAAGUUACAUUCGAUGAUUAUGUUGACGGAUAUGGUUAGGGUUUUGAAGGAAAAGGGGAAAAUUGAAGUGGAGGUUGAAGUGAAUUUGCUUAAGUUUUUGGAAGAGAAUCGUAGGGUUAGUGUUCCAAGUGUGGAGAAACCUAAGCCUAAGCCUAGGGUUUUGGGGUUCAAGGAAAGGUCUGAGCUUUCUAAGAAUCCGACAGGGAAGAAGCUGUUUGAUAUUAUGUUGAAGAAGGAAACCAAUCUUUGUUUAGCUGCUGAUGUUGGAACUGCUGCUGAAUUGCUUGACAUCGCAGAUAAGGUGGGACCAGAGAUUUGUCUCUUGAAGACUCAUGUUGAUAUACUGCCUGAUUUCACCCCUGACUUUGGCUCUAAGCUCCGUGCGAUUGCAGACAAGCACAAAUUUCUCAUAUUUGAGGAUCGCAAGUUUGCAGACAUUGGUAACACUGUCACUAUGCAGUAUGAAGGAGGCAUCUUUAAAAUAUUGGAGUGGGCUGAUAUUAUCAACGCUCAUGUAAUAUCGGGGCCAGGAAUCGUGGAUGGCCUGAAAUUGAAGGGUAUGCCUCGUGGUAGAGGUUUGCUUUUGCUUGCUGAAAUGAGCUCUGCAGGUAACCUGGCUACAGGAGACUACACUGCAGCAGCUGUGAAAAUCGCAGACGCUCAUUCUGAUUUUGUGAUGGGAUUCAUCUCGGUGAAUCCAGCAUCUUGGAAAUGCGGGUAUGUGUAUCCGUCUAUGAUUCAUGCAACACCUGGUGUUCAAAUGGUGAAAGGUGGUGAUGCACUUGGUCAGCAGUAUAACACUCCACACUCUGUGAUUACUGAGAGGGGAAGUGAUAUUAUAAUCGUGGGACGGGGAAUCAUAAAGGCGGAAAACCCAGCAGAGACGGCUCAUGAGUAUAGAGUUCAAGGAUGGAAUGCAUACUUGGAGAAAUGCUCUCAGUAGAUUCGAUCCUGAGAGAUGGCUGAGAUUUUUUGUUUUUGUGUUCUAGUGCUAUAAGAUUGUGCUAGUUUUUGUGUGAUUUAUGUGAGGAUGGAUUUUAAGACUCAUGUCUCGUUGAUUGUUUACUUGAUUGAGUGAUUCUCAGUUCUCAAUAAUAAUAAAGUGAAGCGUGGCGAGUAGUUGAUCUCAUAUGAUUUGUACGGUUGAUCACAAUUUCUGGAUCCUUUGGAUUUGGCCGAGGCAUUUUGUCAAAUGUAACUCAAAUCACGUAAUGAAUCAAAAC